GAAGAUGGAAACAUCGAGUACAAGCUGAAGCUGGUGAACCCCUCGCAAUAUCGCUUUGAGCACCUGGUGACGCAGAUGAAGUGGCGCCUGCAGGAGGGCCGAGGUGAGGCCGUCUAUCAGAUCGGCGUGGAGGACAACGGGCUGCUGGUGGGGCUGUCAGAGGAGGAGAUGCGUGCCUCGCUCAAGACACUGCGCCGUAUGGCAGAGAAGGUUGGGGCUGACAUUACGGUGCUGCGGGAGAGAGAGGUCGAUUACGACAGCGACGUUCCAAGGAAGAUAACGGAGGUGCUUGUCCGAAAGGUGCCUGACAACCAGCAGUUCUUAGACCUUCGAGUAGCUGUGCUGGGGAAUGUGGACUCAGGGAAGUCAACACUGUUGGGUGUCCUAACGCAAGGAGAGCUGGACAACGGGCGGGGCAGAGCACGCCUCAACCUCUUCCGGCAUCUCCAUGAAAUCCAGUCAGGAAGAACGUCAAGCAUCAGCUUUGAGAUCCUUGGCUUCAACAGCAAAGGAGAGGUGGUAAAUUACAGUGACUCCCGGACAGCAGAAGAGAUCUGCGAGAGUUCUUCCAAAAUGAUCACUUUCAUUGACCUGGCUGGCCACCACAAGUAUCUGAAAACAACCAUCUUUGGCCUCACCAGCUACUGCCCAGACUUUGCCAUGCUGGUGGUUAGCGCCAACACUGGCAUUGCAGGCACAACGCGAGAGCACUUGGGCUUGGCUAUGGCCCUCAAGGUUCCCUUCUUCAUUGUCAUCAGCAAAGUCGACUUGUGUUCGAAAGCCACCGUGGAACGGACAGUGAAGCAGCUGGAGCGAAUCCUGAAGCAGCCAGGCUGCAACAAGCUCCCCCUGCUUGUAAACUCAGAUGACGAUGCUGUUACAGCAGCCCAACAGUUUGCACAAUCUCCCAACAUCACUCCAAUCUUCACACUGUCCAGUGUUUCUGGGGAGAACCUGGAUCUCUUAAAAGUCUUCCUCAACAUCCUCCCUCCACUGACCAACAGUAAAGAGCAGGAAGAACUAAUGCAGCAACUUACCGAAUUUCAGGUCGAUGAAAUUUAUACUGUGCCAGAGGUGGGGACUGUUGUGGGAGGAACUCUGUCAAGUGGGAUCUGCCGAGAAGGGGAGAACUUGGUGGUUGGUCCCACUGAUGAUGGGAAGUUCCUCCGGCUGAAAGUGUGCAGUAUCCAACGCAACCGCUCUGCCUGCCGCGUGCUGCGGGCAGGGCAGGCAGCCACCCUGGCCCUCGGACCCUUCGAUCGCUCCCUGCUGCGCAAGGGCAUGGUCAUGGUGAGCCCAGAAAUGAACCCCACCAUCUGCUCAGUGUUUGAAGCCGAGAUUGUGCUGUUGUUCCAUGCCACAACUUUCCGGAAGGGGUUUCAGGUGACGGUGCACGUGGGGAAUGUGCGACAGACAGCUAUCGUAGAGAAGAUCCAUGGAAAGGACAAGCUACGAACAGGAGAGAAGGCAGUUGUCUGUUUCAGGUUCAUCAAGCAUCCUGAAUACUUGAAGAUCGGAGCCAAACUGCUUUUCCGUGAAGGAGUCACCAAAGGUAUUGGGCAUGUCACUGACCUCCAAGCCAUCAUCACCAAAGAAAACGGCCUGGAGGAAUCCCUGGGGCCUGGACAGCUGAGCUUCUGACUACCAGUAGGGUGGAUGUCCCUUCUCUGCACUGUGAGAUGGAGCCUGAGAGAGUUUCUCACAUUCAGUGCUGUAUGUGGGGCAAGUUCAGCAUGUUCUCCACAUCGCCUGCAGCUUUCAUUACCCUGCCCUCCUUCAGAAUAGAUCAGUCACCUGCAGACCUGGGCAGGCAAGUUCUGGCUUUGUUUACUGUUUGAAAAUUACUGGUUGGGAGGAGCAGAGCUCUUGAAGAUGAGCAGUGAAGGGAUGUUUUUCCAUCUCGGACACAAGAUCUGGCCUCAUUUCUGCUCUCUGAGCACUGGGUUGGUAACAGACCUCUCUCAAGUCAUCCUGCAGCACAUCCUUCUAGGCAGGGGAUGGAAUAGGCCCUGGCUACCCACAGCAGGGGCUUGGUUGAACCUGUCAGAAUGCAUCCAGGACACUUUUUAACUGUUUGAAUCUUGGUUGGCUUUAAUCUGCUGUGUGUCCAUUUGUGUGUUGGUUUUGCAUUACUCCAGUCUGAGUGUCUUACUGUUGGACAAAUGUCCUGUUCCCCACUCACAUGUAUGAAUUUCUUCAGCAUCCCACUUUCUGACUCCCAGGAAGCUGUGGCUGCUUCCAGUGGCACAGCCUCCUGACGCAAUGCCACGAAGACAGAGUUUGUACUUGCAUCUGUUCCUUGCAGCAG